GAGUCAGCCUUUAAUUAGAUUGGGCUGGGGAGGAGGGGCACUGCUGCACUGAAGCUAUCACUGAGAUCGCAGGGGACUUGUCAUCUAAUACUAGUGUCUUGAAGCCUGAGUCUUGCUUGCUCCAGAGGUGCUCUGCAUGGGUUCUACUGACUGGACGAUGAAAGAGGAAAUUGCUGCAACUGUGGUUUUUAUUUCCCGAAUAGUGAAAAAAAAUGAGAAACUCAGCAAAAAGAAGAUUGAGAAAUUCUGCAGCAAACUGACUAAAGUCUUGUUUGAAAAGUACAAGAAUCAUUGGUACUGGGGAAACCCAGCCAAGGGCCAAGCAUACAGGUGUAUCCGGGUGAAUAAGAGUCAGCCUCUGGAUCCAGUCCUGCUCCAGGCCUGUGUAGAAAGCAAUAUCGAAUAUUCAUCUCUACAGCUGCCAAGGGAGCUCACUAUCUGGGUAGAUCCUUAUGAAGUGUGGUGUAGGUGUGGAGAGAAGAACCAGCCUUUCAUUGUGACCAGGUUAGAGGAAAGCAACACAGACUUGGACAUUUUUAAAGACAUCAGCAGUGCUGCAGAGCGUGCAGGAUGUGAAUAUAAUUCUGGUACCUCUUCUGAUGAGGAGGGCUACAAGGAGCCAAAUCCUAUCUCUGUCCGUGACACACACGCUCUUUAUCCAGCUGGGGAACAGGAAGACUGCUCUGUCUUCUCUGAAAGAAAGACCAUACCAAUUGUGAACAACCCGAACAGUAUCUAUCAGUUUGAAGUCUGUACCAGCUUCAAAGGCCGAGGGAGCUCUGGUCAAGGAUUACAAACCAUUCCAACAGUGAUUAACCCAAAGAGUAUUUAUCAGGCUAACGAUUACUACAGCCACCCGACAGCUGGAUGGCCCAAGUUUCUCCGAAGGAAGAUGUUUGCUGAAGAUUACAGCUGUCACUCGUUCCCGGGUAAUUACAGAGUGUACCGAGCAUCUAACAUGUUUCUGUUUCCUCGAGUGGACCGUUAUCAUUGGGUGAACACCAAGCGAUAAUCUUUCCUCUUUUGAACUCUUCUAACUUCUGCUGAAAGGCUUUCUGGUAAUCCCUGUUGUAAAUGUGAUUUGAGUUGCCCCCUGACCUGCUCAGGGAGGUGAAUGUGUUACAGUAUUUUAAACUCUCAAUGCACUUGUCAGCACAAUCUGUUCUUAACCCUGCUCAGUGAGCACUGAGAUACUGUCUUUUUUAAUACAAACAAACUCUAUACUACUUUAUAAAUUUAUAUAUUCAAGGUUGUGUUUAUUUGCCAUUUAAACAAUUUUAAAGGCUAGAAUGGAAAUGUUUGAAAAUGUAUUGAAUAAAAAGCCACUUUUUAAAACCUUUA